AUGGACCAAGCGAAAAGAUCAUGUGUUCCGGUGAACAAUCUCACUCGUCGUUUUGGGUUCAGCGACGUGGUGGCCGAGAUGGUCGAGUUGACAGAAUUUCCGGGUAUGCGUUUAGAUCAGACUGUUCGUUGUCCACUACCGGGAGUUGGCACUAUCGUAGUGAUCAACAAUGAGGCCUACACAGUCGAGAGAGUCAUCCACGGGCCAGCGAAGCCACACAGUGGAAGCCACACAGUGAUAUUGCCAAAUGGGACUAUCAACAAAUCGUACGCGGCAAGAACAUACGAGGAUCCGGAGAUGAUCCUCAACAGGCCGGAAUUUCAAGACAGCAACGGCCUCCAGUUCCUGAAAUGUUUCCUACACAAGUAUAACGCGCCAACAAAUCUCUCCUGGAUGGUCAAAUAG